AUGGAGUUGAUGCGACUAGAAGUAGAAAUCCGGACCCCUGGAGAGCACGGACCCCUGGAGAGCACGGUAGAUGACCACUGGUUUAAAUUAAUCUUUGAUACUAUUCUCAUGUCCCUGGAGAGCACGGACCCUGGAGAGCACGGACCCCUGGAGAGCACGGUAGAUGACCACUGGUUGAUGAUCUGGCAGGAACAGGUUUCAGUUGUUGUCAUGUUGUCCAAUUUCACAGAAGAUAAUAAGGAGAAAUGUUACCAGUACUGGCCCAUUAAAGGAAAAGUUCGGGUAGAGGGGUCUAUUUCCGUACGCCUGUUACAAGAGAAGAAGUAUGCGUUUUAUACCCUGAGGAAAAUUAAGUUGGAACAAAAAACGACAGCAACCAGUAGAUUGGUGUGUCAUUUUCAAUUCACGAUGUGGUCAGACAGUGAGAUUCCGUAUCCCUCCGAGCUGGUCCAGUUUUACAGGAGUGUGAAGAGGGCGCAGGACGCCUGUCCCAGUUCUCCAGUCCUCGUGCAUUGCAGUGAAGGAGGUGGACGGACGGGAACGUUUAUAGCCCUGGACAAAUUACACAGAGCUGGUCAGAGAGCUGGACGGGUCAACGUCACUAAAUGUCUGGUGGAAAUGUGUGAGCAGAGAAUGAACAUGGUGGAAAAUAUGGAACAGUAUAUACUACUCUACCACACACUGAAGGAGUCGUUUCAUCGGAAUGUCUACCCGAUCAGAAAAGAGAAACUCUCCACAAUAUUGACAGAAGAAAUGCAGAAACCGGACAAGGAAAACUAUCUGAGAAAACAGUUCUGUGAGCUGAUGUGUGUGAGACCAGUCUAUGAUGAUCUCAUCAAUGAAACUGGAUACAGAAACAUCCAACUCAACUUAAUGCCUACCGUCCUACCGGAUGAAGAAUUUCGUGUGACGUUCCCGUCCGGGGAGAGAAGGACAAGAAAUGAUUUCUACAACACAGUAUUCCUCUCCACAAUAACAGAAUAUAAUGGUCUGAUAGUAGCCCCGUAUCCUGCUGACAACACGGCCGAGGACUUGAUACGGCUGAUGAUGCGUCAGAAGUCACGUGUGCUGGUUACCAUGCAUCCCCUGAUUGAACUACACUCGACCGUGCUUUGGUAUCCGGACAAGUCAUCUGAGUUAUCACAGUACAAAAUCUACAGAGAAGCGAGUGGAUUUCUUACCAGUGACAUUCAAAGAGUUACCAUUCGGAUAGAAAGCACAAAGAGGUCAGAGGUUCAUCGUGUACAUGUGUAUGAGAUUCUAUCUUGGAGCACUAAGAACAUAAUACCACGUGACACAAAGCUUGCCACAACAGUGAUUAAGGAAGCUCGUCAGACACGAGAGGAAGAGGGAGGAGGACCUAUAACAGUCAUGUCAUAUGAUGGCGCUUCCGGCUGUGGGGUAUUUAUAGCUCUGUAUAACGCCAUGGAACAACUGAGUAUGGACGGAGCUGUGGACCUGUUCAGUAUCGUGCACGACAUUCACAUCAGGCUUCCACGGAUGAUGUCUACCAUGGAUGAGUACGAGUUUUGUUACCAAGCGAUUGCAGAACUGUAUACCCAGUAAUACCCCACAAUGAACAGUCGAUGAUAUAACCGAGUCUGAUACCCCACAAUGAACAGUCAAUGAUAUAACCGAGUCUGAUAUUCCACAAUGAACAGUCGAUGAUGUAACUGAGCUUGUAUAAUGCCCCACAAUGAACUGUCAAUGUUUUAACUGGGUUUGUGUAAUGUACAUAUCUUGGUGUUUUUAUAGUUUAAUUAGUGUACAUCAAAACACUGACAGGAUGGUUGUCGUACAUCAUUAAACAGAUAUCAGCAAGA